UCAUGGUUGAAUCAACGACAGUGUCCUCUUCUGAAGAGAUCAUUCAGCGAAAUAAAGGACUGAGCAUGUAUGCAGUUGUGACUCUGCAAGACUCAGAUGAGGUGAUGGUGGCAGCAUCUAAUUGGCUGAGCACAGACAAGAAACAAAGUUACUGGCCUCCAUUUAGAUCCGAAGAGAAGUGUGUGGAAGCUGCUCAGAAGAGGUUUAAGCCAGAGACCGAUGGAAGACUAUGGGAGAAAUUAAAUAUUAACUUUCACAAACAAUUAGUUUCUUUUGAUGAAGCAAAAAAGGAGCAAAAAGAAAUCCAAGAGCAGAAAGAACGAUGCUUUCUAUUAUCCACUGGUUUCACGGGAAUGCUGAAAAAACAAAGACAUGAAAACACUCAAGAAAUGGCUAAAAAUCCCCUUCGUUCAGUUACACUUGCAUCUACAUCCAGAUUGACACCUGAAGCAAGACUCGUUUCCACAACAGACAUGGAUGCAAACCUCAAAACGCUGCAAGACAUCAAAAAAAUAGUUGAGGAAAACUCUGCAAUGUUAAAAAAACUAAUGAAAGACAAUGCAGUUUCUGAUGUACCCAGUAGUACCAGUGCACCAUCUAAAGAUGUUGACACAAUCUUAAACCUGCCUCUAAGAACCAUUCAAGAUUUGUCCAGGACUGAAAGUGAGCUCAAGGAUCCAAAAACACGCAAGAAAUAUAUAAAAUCUAUAUCACAGCUUGGAGGCUUUGGACCCAGGGAUGUGAUAAAGAAUAUUAUGCAACAUCUCAUAACAGACGAUCUGGCAAACGAUUUCAACUGGCAGGGGAGAGGACAUAAAAAUGCUUUUUCUAGGCUUAUUUUAGCAGAUGUGAUCAGAGAAGCUGCAUCAAUACAAAAUGUAUUGAGAGUGGACUGUGAAACUGAAAUAAAAAAUUAUUUGUGGAGCAUACCUGAUCGUAUCGGUCGGAAAAGACCAAGAGAUUACGUAGAUGAGUGGUAGAGGAUUUCUUACUCAGACAUUUUCCGCAGUGGUUUAUUUUAGGCAAGAAACCCAUCUUUCGCACUGCUGGACAGUGACUUCCAGGCAGUGAUUAGAAUGUCUUUUCUUGAUGACUGAGUUCUGGAAUUACAGGUCAUAAAUUAAACUAUAUAGUUCACCUAAAAAGGGAAAUUUCCUGUUAAUUUAUUUACCCUGGGUUUAGAGUAGAUUAGUUAAUAGCAAGUUAAUAGCAUGUUUUUGUUUAUUGUUUAUCAUCCCAGUGGU